AUGAAGAGCAUCAAAGCCCUGAUCCACAGCCUGAUCGUGGCUCACAUCUGCCGCGCCUUUCGAGCCCUCCGACGAGUCAAAUCCAUCCUCCUCCAGGCCCUCAAGAACCACCACCACUUCCCUUACCUCAUCGCCGGUCACAACAGCAAGCAGAGGAAGAAGGUGUUCUUUGGGUCCUUCAGGCUUCACUACAACUGGGGCUCCACCUCUUCCUCCCGCGUCCUACCUGUCCCCGAAUCCGUCCUACGUGGCUGCUCCUCCGACUCCUACGUGGAGGGCAGUAGUAGUACUACUGCUGCUUGUCAGUGGUCCUCGUCAGAGUCCACGCUGGCAGGGUACCUCCUUUGGCUGGAAGAGAAAGACAACAAGUGUGAAGGAGGAGUAGUAGUGAAUGAGAUCGACAGGCUGGCGGAGAUGUUCAUCGCGGAGUGCCACGAGAAGUUCCAGCUGGAGAAGCAGGAGUCGUUGAGAAGAUUCCACGAUAUGAUGGCGAGAAGCAUGUGA